CUCUCGUCCAUCCGUCAUGCUCUACCGUCGAAAUAGUGUCAAUAUCUGCUUCGUUAAUAUCGACGUUUUUGGGGCUUCUAUGGCUAAAUAUGUUGGUGGCUGGGCUGCCGGGGGUACUAUGUGCGUGAUUGUGAGUUGCGUGAGCGCUGCGCAGGCAGCCUGACUUUAUACAGCGUGUGUUCUCGAUAUGGUCGAGGACGGCCGGCACAUCACCACCAGUUCUGAAUUCAUUCACCGCAUCAAUGCCAAAAAUUGCAAACUAGUUGCCUGCUUCGUCGUCGUCGGUUUCGUCGUGUACCACGGCGUUAUUCACUUGACGUACGGAAUCGACACGUGCAAGUGGCUGCUGAGCGAUGGACGAUUUCAAGGCUAUCAUGUGUGGCAACCGUACGGGUGUAUGCUGCACACCUACACCAAUGCGGAAUCCCGCAUGUGCCUGCGAUACAUCGCCUACUGGGGCGGCGAGAACCACAUCGUCUUUGCGGGCGACUCGCGCAUCCGCCAGCUGUACUGGGCCUUCGUGCAGCAGGUGCAGCCGUCGCCCGUGUCCCCCCAGCAGGCACACCGGGACCUGCGCUACGAGGAGAAGGACCUGCACCUCGUAGUGGAGUUCUUCUGGCGUCCACUGGUGGAUGGCUCACUGCGUUCAGCGGGCGCACGCUGGCUGCGGCGUACGCAGCGGCCUGCCCUCAUUGUGCUGGGCAGUGGCACUUGGGCCAUCAAGCAGAGCAAUGGGAGCCGGGCCAUGCUGGCCGAAUACGCGGCCAAUGUGAGCCGGCUGGUGCCACUCUUUGACCGGCUGGCCAAUGGCUCCCGCGUCCUUUGGAUGCUGCAAGACCCUGUACAGGCGGACCGGCUCAGCCCCAGCCGCCGUGCCAUCUCCAAUGAGCUCAUUGAUGCCUACAACCAGGCAGCUGUGCAUGCACUGCGACACAGCAACGUGGAGGUCUGGAGCUCCAUCCGGCUCAUCUCGGAGGGCUACCCAGGUGACUCGCCUGAUGGCUUGCACACGGGGCCCCUGGCAGUCAACUACGCCAUUCAAAUCUUGACCAACAUGUACUGCAACGACCACAUGAAUUACAACGAUGGCACCUGCUGCAGCAGCCCGGAGCCAGUCACCUGGCUGCAGACCAUCACCUUUGCAUCCUUCGCAAUCGUCCUGUUACUGAGCCUAGCUCUGGCGGUGCAUCACCAUCUGUGGCCUACCAUCGACUACUCACCACUGCAGAGUGUGCUGCAGCAGCUGUCGCGGCUGGGCCUCAUCAUGGCCUACUUCUUUGUGUGUGACCGGACCAACUUCUUCAUGCGGGAGAACAAGUACUACACGCACCUCAACUUCUUCCUGCCCGUGGCGUACGUGUUUGCCCUUGGCCUGUUCUUCACAGAAGAGACUCAGCAGACGCAGGUGCUGCACCGGGACCAGACGGACGAGUGGAAGGGUUGGAUGCAGCUGGUGCUGUUAGUGUACCACAUGACGGGCGCCAGCCAGGUUCUGCCCGUGUACGUGCAUGUGCGGGCUCUUGUGUCGGCCUACCUCUUCCUGGUGGGCUACGGCCACUUCUCGUACUUCUGGCACCAGGCGGACUUUGGGCUGCUGCGGCUGGCACGGGUGCUCUUCCGUACCAACCUGCUGGUGGUGCUGCUGUGCCUGGGCAUGAACCGGCCCUACCAGUUCUACUACUUUGUGCCCCUCGUCUCCUUCUGGUUCCUGGUGGUAGCCGCCACCCUGGGCAGCCUGCCGCGCGUCUCGGCUGCCUCUGCCGAAGCCAACCCGCUCCACCACCUCUAUGUCGUGCUCAAGUUUGUGGGCCUCUUCUCAGUCCUCACCGUGCUGUACAUGUCUGAGGUGUUCUUUGAGAAGAUAUUUGUCACACGACCCUGGAAGGCCCUGUUUGUGACCACGGAUGACUCCAUCAAGGAGUGGUGGUUCCGCUGGAAGAUUGACCGCUAUAGCGUGGCCAGUGGCAUGCUGUUUGGCUUUGCGCACUACCUGCUGCGCCAGUACCGGGUCAUUGGGGACCACCACCAUGGGAACCUGUUUUCCCGGGGCCUCUCCCUCACGGUUGCCUUUGGAGCCUUGCUGGGACUCGGGUUCUACACCACAUUUGCAUUCGUGUGUCGGUCCAAGCCUGACUGCAAUGAGGUGCACGCAUACGUCUCCUUUGUUCCGAUUUUGAGCUACAUCAUCCUGCGCAACAUCAGUGGCCUGCUGCGCACUCGCUACAGCACCUUCUUUGCCUGGUUUGGAAAGAUCUCCCUCGAGCUGUUCAUUGCGCAGUACCACAUCUGGCUGGCGGCAGACACCCAUGGAGUGCUGGUCCUGGUCCCUGGCUAUCCUGUGUUGAAUGUGAUGGUCACCUCUCUGGUACUGGUGUGCGUGGCACACGAGGUGCACAUGCUGACGGCACGCCUCAUGCCACUGGCUGUGCCAGCUGACUGGAAGUACCUGGUGCGCAAUGUGGUCAUCUUUGGCCUGUUCCUGGUGCCCAUUGGUGUCCACGACGGCAUGUUCUGAAGGAGUGAAAUAAACAGAUUGUUAUUGCAAA